CAAACGUCAACCACACGUCAUUUGUCAGAGAGUUUGUUAUGCUUAUGCUUGAUCUAGAUUUUUUAUUUGAACCAGUUUUAUUUUAUAAAUUUUAAUGAAUAUAUUUCAAAUUUAACGCUUACAUACUAAUUAUACCCGUCUGCUGAAAUAAAUCGAUAAUACAAUCGACAAAAAAGAUGAGCACGCAACUUAGUCCGGCUAAUCAAACCGUCGAGAGAGAAAAAGUUUAUAUGUGGAUUUUAGAACUUACCAAUCCAGAAACUAGGGAGAAUGCUUUAUUAGAACUCAGCAAAAAAAGGGAAGUUGUGCCCGAUUUGGCUCCGAUGCUAUGGAAUAGCUUCGGUACAACAGCUGCGUUACUACAGGAAAUCAUAAAUAUUUAUCCUGCUAUAAAUCCACCUACACUAACAUCACACCAGUCAAAUAGGGUUUGCAAUGCUUUGGCUCUUUUGCAGUGCGUUGCCUCACACUCUGAGACUAGAUCUCAGUUUUUACUGGCCCACGUGCCGCUCUUUUUGUAUCCGUUUCUCCACACUUCUUCCAAAACUAGAGCAUUCGAGUACUUACGCUUAACCAGCUUGGGAGUGAUAGGAGCUUUAGUAAAGACUGAUGAGCAGGAAGUCAUCACUUUCCUUCUCACUACGGAGAUUAUACCCUUGUGUCUUAGAAUAAUGGAAUCGGGUUCUGAACUGAGCAAGACUGUGGCUACUUUUAUUCUGCAAAAGAUAUUAUUGGAUGAUAGUGGCCUGUCCUACAUUUGUCAAACUUACGAUAGGUUUAGCCACGUAGCUAUGAUUUUGGGUAAAAUGGUAAUUUCCUUGGCCAAAGAACCAUCUGCAAGGCUCCUGAAACAUGUCGUAAGGUGUUACCUCAGAUUGUCGGAUAAUCCCAGAGCAAGGGAGGCUCUUAGACAAUGCCUGCCGGAUCAACUUAGAGAUAAUACAUUCAACGUUUGCCUUCAAGAAGAUAAAUCGACUACUCAUUGGUUAUCCCAGUUACUGAAGAAUCUUGAAUCUACAGCUGCUACCGAUCCCAGGCAAGUGGGAAUGUCUCCGUUGACGUCCCAAUAGAAUCCAGUAGAAAUGGAAAUGUUCUUACGAUAAUUUUUAGUUUUGAUAUUAAAAAUACAGAGCAGUUUAUAAAAAUGCUGUACUUUGUGUAGAUACCUCUCUAGUAACAUACCGAUUUUAUUUUAUUUUUGAACUUCAAUCGAAAUUAUUGGCUCAUUGUUAAUAAUAUGUUUCAAAUUUCUUAAUUGUAUCAAAAUUGUGAAUCAGUGUGGCUACUGCGAGAUGUCUACCCCAAGAAAUAUUUGCUAGGUGUUACAAUAUCGGUAUUGCUGAAUUUUUUCGAAUUGAAAUUAUUCCAGUAAAAAAAAGCAAGCGUGUCUUAUGUGAUAACUCGAUAUUUUUAGCGGCGACGUCGAUAAUUCGCUCAAAUUUUAAUUGAACUUUGAAUUUCUCAUGACACAAACUAACGGUAAUCAUUUUGUUUCUUUCCAAGUAUUAAUUUUCCUGACAUGAAUUGUAAUGUAUAUUUAUUUUAUUAUCGAUAUUUUCGUGUUACAUGUUCUAUAAUUUUUUAUUAGUCUAGGUGGCAUCAUUGUGAUUUUCUGAUGAAAAAAGUACCUGUAAUGUCUUAAUUUUCCAAUAAACGUUUAUAAAAUUGAUAAGUGAUAAGAUUCAAUUGUGAAAUUUAGUUAUGGUUAGCAAAAUUUUUUAAAUCAUGCAGUGUUUCCCACAAAGUAGUCCAUUUAAUAAGCCUGUAUUUCCCUUUUUAAUGAAUUAGUACUCCUUAUACAGGGCUUUUCAAG